AUGGAUGAAUCUGAAUUUCGUCGCUGUCUUGAGCUCUUUCCUGUCGUUCGAUCUCGCGAUUAUCACAUGGACUCGGAUUCUUUGAGACAAUCAACAUCUGGGUCUGCAAAAACUGAGAAGUGGCAUGAUGCACGGGAUGGUGGGGAUAAAAGAGAAGCAUUCUGGAACAAGCUAAAGUUGGCUGCCACAGAGAAGAUGGAUCCAACUGAAGCAGAAAGAUUUUGCAAGGCAUUUCAACAAGUUUAUAAUAAACUUGUGUAUGAAGAAUUGACAUUAGAUGCAGCUCGAAAAUUCAUAAACUCUUCAGGAGCUUCUGGAAAAUAG